AUGGGUGAGCAAACAACUGAUAUUCCGCUCCGACCUCCUAGAAACCCUAAUAAUGCACCCGCAUCGUCGGCCGCACAAUCCUUGCGGAGAAGCACUUCGUCCACUCUGGAGACGAAUCGUCGUUCGUCCUUGCAGACCGGGCAGCGGUUCUCCCCUCAGCUCAAGUGGCACAAUACCUUGCAGCAGGACUUCACCGGGCAGAAAGGCCAGACUGGACAUUCGGAAAAGAACCUGUCACCACCUGUCAAUAACGUUCGAAAGCGUCACUCCGGUUCCUUUGACAGGAGCGAUGCCAUUAUCCUCUCGCAUGUUCACGGAAUCCCGGAAGCCGACUCUUUAUCUUCGGUUGAGCCCUUGCAACGGCUCAGUUCGAGCCCAUUGCCGUCGCCUUCCAAGCGUCAACGAGCUCUUGGUACGAGCGUCAAAACCCCUACGAAAACGGGCCAGCUUGGUGGGCAAUCUGGGAACGUGAAAGGCUCGGGUUUAGGAAUGCAAACGCCCCCGCCGAGCAGCACUGCUACAGCCCGAAAGCGGGGGAGGCCCCAAAAGAAAAAGUCGGUUCAGAAUUCUACUACCUCUACUUCUCAAGUUUUAUCGCCUCCGCAUACCAGCCCCUCCAAGGCGAGCGAGGGGGACGGGAGGAGUGGGACGCUGCAUAAUAGGGGCAACCCACAGGUACCGGUUCCCGACAUACGCUUCCCCUCAUCGGUGCCGGAUACCUUUGACGAGUAUCUCUCGAAAGAGAGUGCCUGGAAUGGUGGAUUGGAUUACUCCAAUGGGAUGGGAGUUGUCGGCACUGAGGGGGAAUCGUCGGAUGCUUAUGAUUGGUCUUCUAUGCGUGCCAACGUAUCUGACGUAUCCAUUGAUGGCUUGGAUGUGUUUGGCUCACUUGUGCGGGACGGCCAAUCAUCUCCUUUAUAUGAUGACCCCUCGGACUCGAUCCAUUUUUCCUUCCCUGAUUUUGACGAUGAUCUCUUGGAGAAAUCUAUCCUUCCCCUGGACGUUGAUCCAAAUCUUAUAUUCUCCUCCGCUGCUACGAGUGUGGCAUCUUCCAUGCGUACUGAUGAAAUUAGAGAAACCGCGGCCCUGGGGACAGCUUCGCAGCCAUAUCAACACCAGCAUCUACAACACCUUAGGGAACAAGAGUUGGAGCUUCAACGACAGAGGAUAAAGCAUGAGAAGCUGGUGAAGGAAAGGAGACGACAAGAACGGGCGGUAACUGCUUCGGGAGGACGCGGUGCUGGUAGCCAGAGAUCAUUGCUGAAGCAUAGCAUGAGCGAUAGCCUGCUCUCCCGUUCAAUUCGAAGACCAACCGCAAAGGCUGCGGACUUUGAUGCAGCUGUCACUAGGAAUAGUGUCGCUAGUGCGAGGAAAGUUGGAUUGGAGAAACGUAACGCUACACCACCACCGCCAAUGCCACCAAGGUCUGUGAGGAAGGAACGUACCGGAGGGCCUCCCCGGGGCCAGGGGCCGAUCACGGUUAAGGCACCAAAGAUGAGGACGGAGGUAACACUUGCAAUAUCUCCGGGGGGGCGAGCAAAAACGGAAACUACUAUUGUAUACGAGAGUUCGGAUACGGAGGUGGAUGAAGUACAGACUUGCGAUUCAUUCGAGGAGAGCGAUUCCUCUUUUGAUGAUGAUGAGCCGAGGGGUCUUGGACCGGAUGGGAAGGAAUAUAUUAUUUACCGUGAACGGAAUCGCUUAGGGCCUGUCCUUGAGGGCAGGAGUGCUUUACAAAGACGCAGCGGCACCAUUUUCGAGAAGCCUACCCAUACAGGGCCACCUCCCAGAACUCCGACUCGACGUUCUCCUGUAAAGUUAGCGUCUUCAACAGGGAAGAAGGGGCUUAGAGGGUUUGUGGCCAACACUGCGGCCGCUGCGACGGCUACUUCAGGAAGAUUGGACUCUUCUCCGAGGUUGCCUACCCCACUUCGAUCCAGCCCGCCUGCCAGCAUUGGUCGUCAUCUGAGAGAGUGUGUGCGGAGGGCUAGUGGGUCCAGUUUUGGUAGUUCAAGGGCACUUGUCUUGGGAACCCCCACUUUGGGGUCCAUGCAUGAGGUCAGCGAUGAAUCAGAGGCUGAAACCGUGGUGGACGGCACUGAUAUUGUCAACCUGGCUGAGGAUGAAGCUGAGGAGGAUGAUGGGGAUGCUAUGGUAGCGUUGAAGAAAGUCAUGCUAGGGCGUAGGAGGAGUGAAGGUGGGAUAUGCCCGGGGAAAAAUUGCGUUUUUCGUGACUAAUCACAGUGUAGUAAUAGCUUCCCUUGACCGAACUCCGACCAAGGCUAGACCGGGUAGCGCGGUGAAGCCGAAAUUCUUCUCUUCUGGUAGUAGCACUACAGGUCAGGGCCAGCGUUCAGUUACCAGACAUAGCCAGAUCCACCCUGGCCUAUUAUUACGGACAUCGGCAGUCAAGAAGAAACUUUUCGUGGACCAGGCUGCUAUAGGCAAUUCCAUCGUUCGUCCUCGUCGUAAAAUGGCCGAUGGGGGAUUCUCAGAAGCAAGCACCUCAUCACUGGGAGCACCUGGCCCGGGCCGUUUGACGCCGGUCAAACAGCAUUCUAGGUCUGAUAGCCGAAAAGAGAAUAUUGCCGUCGAAGAGGACUCCACACGUUGUGUAUGCAAAAAGACAAACGAACAGGGAGGGACCACGAUGGUUCAAUGGUAAGCUUCUCAUCCUUCCCACUCUGCUUGGUAUCUACAUCUCUAACCGUCCAGUUAGUGACUCCUGCAAAAACUGGCUACACAUGAAGUGCAUAGGAUACAGUCGCAAGACCUUACCGAAAGUAUUUGUCUGCGACUUUUGUGCCGCCCCCACCCCACAGGUCAAGAGCAGAACCGCCAGAAGAACGGCACCCACCGCGCCCGCGAACGGAGGAGACUCGUCACCGCAAUCGAGGAGCAGCCGGGGAUCUAGGGCCUCGAGGCAAUGAUCCAUCUAUACUUGCCUUUUUUCUUUUUCUUUUUCUUCUAUAUCCUCAGGAUAAACUAAAGUUUGCUGUGUGUCUCAACAACGGCGUUAUGAACCCGCAGAAUUUUUGAGAAAUAUCUAUCCCAGCUAAAGCGAAUACUCUUCUAUUUUCUUGGAAUCUAUUCGGGUAUUUGGUCGACUGCGGUUCUUUUUAGAGUUGUUGUGGCUGCUAUGGAGGCUACCCUGAGGAUCCGGAAAAAAUUGACCGGUAUAUCGCCUCACUAGAAACGUUGUUGUAGCUAUCACCAUCGUGAAGCAGGGGAUGUUUGGGUGAUUUUUCUUGUGGUUUUUCCUUUUUCUUUUCCUAUCCUUGCUGUUUUGGAGAUGCGGUAAUUGAGCUUUUUGGAUGCACGAAGUACAGUAGUGUCUGUACCUAUACCAAUUUUGAGCUUUGACUGGCGGUUGCGAUAUACCAGUUCCAUUUAUUUACCAUAUGGGACCCGUUUUUCGAUUUUUUUCAUUUCCAUUUUACCUAUUCAAUUUUCUCAUCUUUUUUUUUCCCUUGACGAUAUCUACGAAGGUGGUACGAUAUGAAGGACAUCGCAAGACAAGAUAGGAUAACGAGCAUCGGCACAUAAUUUCAGAAUCACGAACAGUGGAAAUUGCAUGUUACUUUUUUCGCAAGGGACGGUGACCGUUGGGGGAGGGGGGUUAUAUAUUGUGUAUAUUCUAGCCUACAGUGCUUCCAUUCCAUUUCGGCAUUACAUUAUCAUAGGUAGUUUUGUGUUAUGGUGUUUUUUUUCGUUGGCUUUGAAAUUUAUGUGAUUUUGCUUUUCAUUCUUUUUCUGAGCUUGGUUCUGAUUUAUUGAUCGGUUUGAUUGAGUGAUUGAUUGAGAAGAAUUUAUUGAUGGGUGUGGCGUGAAUCUAUUGGGUUGUGUGGUCCGGGAUGGGUUCCGAGUGGGAAGCUGAUAUGCCAUCGGAAGGCUGCAUGCUGUUAUCAUACCAGCGGACCGGACCAGACUGGGGUGACACCGGGGGCUGAGUUGG